AUGGAGACACCAAAACGAAAAGCUUGCGACCGGUGCCAUGGCUUGAAGUUGCGUUGCCGACGACUUGAUAACGAACAGUGUGAGAGAUGUUUGAAGGCCAACCAGACAUGCACUUCCAGCCCGUCCCUUCGGUACUAUAAGAAGAAAGAUUGGCGUGGACGAGCAGCUAAAGAUAUCAAAAGGCCACUUCAGAUACGGCCUGGUCCUGUUGAAGACAACGGAGCUGCACCCCCUCCCCCUCGACAAGAAAAAGUGUUGUGUGACUGGAUGUCUCAUUCGGAGCAAGCUCCCGCCACAUCGAACUCCUUCGACGGACCUCAAACAGACAAACAUAUUGCGGAUCUUCCGAGUGUACAUAGCUCAGGACAAGACUUCACGCCAUACCAGUAUCAAUCAGUCUUCGAAUCUCAAGAUAUCAAUCUAACAAAUCAGGGAGACUCUGAGAGGGCCCCAAAGAUUGGUCUUGCAGAUGGAGCGGAACUGGGAUAUCUAGAGCUUUGCCUACCAUUCUCCAGCUUAGAAUACAACGAGCUUCAGAACACAGCCCGCUCGGACCAAGUAAAACAGACCCUUCUAGGAUACUUGUCUGAACUGAAUCUAGCACAUGAUGCUUGUCAGGCCCUGCAGAGAGACACCACGUGCAGCCACGCAAAUAUGGGCGACUUCGAGGUAAAAAUGGUAGAUGGUACACGUGCUGCCCUACCACGGCUGUCCAUUAAGGAGCUUUUCCAACUAUCCCAAAGAUUCUCCUCAACCCUACAUAUGAUGGCGAUCCAGGCGAACUACUGGAGUGUGGACAACAAAGAAGGAAGGGUGGUCCGGGCGUAG